AUAUGCUCAAAACGGAUUUGGUUAUAAUGCCCUCAAAGUGUUUGGGCGAAGUAUGGAAGCGGUGUCGACCAUCAUAUUCCUGUUACUACUGAUACUACUGGCCAAAGGGUUCACAGUGACCCGGGCCAGGCUCAAGAUGAGCACAUCCGUUAAGAUCGGCGUCUUCAUGACACUCUUCACCAUCACUUACGGCAUACUCUUCUUUCACGAGCAAACGUAUUUCGACCCUGGUGAGGUGCUGUAUUUGUACGAGAGUCCAUUCGGGUACGGGUUGAUCGCCCUGCGCCUCAUAGGGUGGGGUUGGUUCGUCUACGCCAUUGUGCGAACCACACAAAUAGCUGUUAUGGAGAAAUCGGGUCAAACGGGAGACGGCACUCUCGAGCACUUCAAUAACUACAAGUACGCGCCCACCCGACCCCCCACCCGACCCCAGACCCAACAGUCCCACACCAUAUUCGCCAUCUCGACCACCGCAAACGGGUCGACCGCUCACAACCACACCGACAGCCAUUCCGUCUAUAAUGCAAACUCGUAUGCAAUGAACAAGAGUGCGAAUAAUGGUCUGCCGGUCGCUGAUUGCUAACACCUAUUCAUGUCCGUGAGAUACCGGCGCUGUAGUCGAGAUAAACUCAUUAGAGUCAUUAAGUCAUACGCUUUUUGCUAAUUAUUGAUUUAUUAUUAGUUAAUGUGUUUAUAUGAUUUGAUCAAAUAUUUGAUGGCAUUUUGCUAAUGAAAGUACAAUGCAAUCAUUUUCUGAUUAUUAUAUUGUGUAUAACGAAAAUUAAUACAAAUGUAGAUAAUGGGAAAUAUUGUGAUUAUCUUAGAGUUUAUCUCAUUUUACUGUGC